GUAUGCAAUUUGUUACGAACCACACCUUCGAUUAAUGGUAUGCAGGAUGGCGGCACAUUCACCGUGUGAGUGCAGCUUUCGCAGGGGAUCGUUGCCUUGCCAGGCUGGCCCGGUCCCAGGACCCAAAGCUAAGGUACUCCGCAGUGCCAACAAUAGAAGCCUCCACGAGUCUUGCUUGCGAACAAACGGACACCUUACGUCAAAACUGUUGUGACGGGGCUGUCAGCUGUCGAUGGUGGUUGGACGUCUUCUGGAUAGACUUUAACUCGGUCGUCGGCCGGAGCUAGGGCGAGGCAGCUAGAGAUCCUACACUAGGACAUAAGAGAGAUACUGGUGGGAUGCCAUACGCACUUCCCAACCUAAUUUCCGUCAGAAUGGU